AUGAAGAACGACAUUAACCCAGCACUUGCUGAGCACAAAAAGGGCAAGGCGAGAGAGCAGCGCAAAGCCAAACAAGCGCGCGAAAAGUCCAAGACUGAACGUCUCGGGAAGCUCAGCUACUGGCGCGUCAAGGAACGUGUUGAACAGCUCGAGCAAAAGAAAAGAGCCGGGCCUAACGGUCGUGGUCUAACACCUCAAGAAUCACAGGCUUUGCGGCGACUGACAGAAGAUCUUGAGGCUCUCAAACAGCAACGCCACCAAGGAACUAAUAACGGUAGCCAAAGCGAAAAUAAGGACGGCGUUAUUCGGCCGCGUUGGCGUGUCGUACGUAAAGGCGAUGGCAAAGGUCGAGAAAGUAUUUACUGGGAUCCCAUAUUAAACCCGCAUGGCAUUGCACCACCUGGUAUGCCAGAUCUCACACAGACUGAAGUCACAGAGCAAUGGCAUGCACGACGGCGGGAUGCGCGUGCACAACAGGGUAAAUCACAUAAACACAACGGAAGAGAUAAUGGAGACGACAGCGAGGGCGAGACUGACGAAGAAACACGCAAGAUUCCAAUGCCUCGCGGAUCGGUGCCAGGCGUGGAUGUGGAUAGUGAUGAGGAGGGACCUACUGUGACAAUCGAUCCGACCAAAAAGGCAGCUGAAGAGGCAGCGGCACAGCGCGUUGAGUACAGUUCUAAGCCCAUGCUUCGUGACAUGGUACACGAAGUUACUGCUGGCAGUGGAUUGAUACCUGCAACACUUUUGCGUCGUAAGCUGGCAAAACAAGGUGCGAUAGAAGCAAAACAAAUACCAGGAACACAAAUACCUACAGAAAAAGAAGAACAACAAGAAGAAAUAAAAAGAUCAAACCAUUCUGGCUCUCAAAACCGGUCUACCGGACCACAGUUACCUUCAGGCCCUCAGCGUCCUGGUCCACAACUGCCAGCAGGUCCACAACUGCCAGCAGGUCCACAACUUCCAGCAGGCCCCCAACUGCCAGCAGGCCCGCAGCGUCCAGGUCCUGAAGGCCCGCCUUUGGAAGGAUAUGAAGGCUAUGACAACUAUGAGGAUUACUACUCUGACUAUGACAGUGAUUACAAAGAAACCAAUGAGGCCCAAGAUCAUGAGGAAUCACGACGACCGAUGAUGGAGGAUGUUGAGGAUGAAGAGGAUUACCGUUAUGCGUCGAACUUUGCACCUGAAGAAGAAGAAUACAGGAAGCGCAAAAGAGAAGACUAG